AUGGCCGCACAGUUCACCCCUCCCGCAUCGUUCGCCGUCGACGACCUCUUCUCCGUUGCUGGUCGCACCGUCGUCAUCACCGGCGGUGGUACCGGCCUCGGAAAGGCCAUCGCCAACGCAUACGUCACGAACGGCGCCAAGGUGUUCAUCUCGGGACGCCGUACCGAGGUCCUCGACGCCGCUGUCCAGCUCAUCAAGCCCCAGGCUGGCAAGGGCGGUGACAUUGUUGCUGUGCCGGGUGACGUGUCGACUAAGGCGGGAUGCAAGAAGCUGUACGAUGACAUUGCCAAGCUCACUGACGUCGUCGACGUGCUCGUCAACUGCGCCGGUGUUAUGAAGCACUACCGCAGCCCCACUUCCGAUGUCGACAACAUCGAGGCCGUCGCCAAGAUGCUCUGGGAGGGCUGUGAGGACGACGACUUCAACUAUACCAACCAGAUCAACAUUAACGGCGUCUACUUCACCACCGUCGCCUUCAUCCCCCUCCUGAUGAAGUCGGACCUCAAGUCGGUUGUGGUCAUCGCUUCGAUCGCCGGGCACAUCCUGCAGCGCGCCGUCGGAAGCGUAUCCUACGGCGCCUCCAAGGCUGGAACAAUGCACACCGCCAACCUCCUGGCCGGCCGCCUGUCGCCUGCCAAGAUCCGAGUUAACACUAUCUGCCCCGGCAUCUUCCCGUCCGAGAUGACGGGCGUAUCCGCCUCCGAGGGUGGACACAAGUACGACAUUAGCAAGGGGGCGGAGAUGGCUGCUGCGCGCUGUGUCGUGGGCCGUCCGGGAAUGCCGCACGAGAUCGUCGGACCUGUCAUGCUCCUCGGUUCGAGGGCCGGGUCGUACAUGGACGGCGCGACGCUUGUUGUCGACGGAGGGCGCGCUCUGUCGGCUGGUAUGAAUGAGGGUGUGCGUAUCAAGGAGGAACUUAUUAUCAACUAG